GCUGAAGUCCUGUGCGGUUUUAGUAUCUGUCUCUACUUUGGCUGUUUUUUGGAAAUAUUUGGAGUGAGGAGAAUCCCUAGGGAAUGAAGUGGAGUCUGGGAAAGCAAACCAGCAUGGGCAGGGAGCUGUUUAAGUGGGCAGCUAAGGUUGCUGAUAGCACUGACAUGUACAGAAGGCAUGGGCACACGGUAGGAUAAAACUGGUGAAAAACGGGGAGAGGUGACUUUGGGAUUGGUCAAAAAAACAAUGUUCCAUGCACAAGUGACUCAGAAGAUCUCUGACUUGAUAACAGUCACAUGUUGAAAAGUCCUUAAAUUCUCUUUGAUUUAUAGAAACCUCGUGGAAUUCAGGGAAUUCCAAUAGCUGCAUUCCAUUUUUCAGAUCCAAUUAGGUGCAAGUUGUUGUCAGUUGAUCAACUGAUUUGAUGGCUCAGUUAAUUUUCUCUGGACAGAUGUCUGUUUCUCUAAAUUAACCAUCACUGUUUGCAUUCUUAUUAGCACAAGACAAAGAUGGAGUGGACCACUCAGCCUAAACUGCCCUCUCAUUUUUAGAUGGUGCUCACUUGGGCACAUUUUUCUGCUGUAAAGUUUCACUUCUGCUUCUGCUCAGUCAACCCAACAACAGAACGAUUAAUACGUUAAGGUCGAAGGGGGUUGCCCAUACUUGGUGCACUACAUUUUUCUAUACUGCUCAAGGCAAGUCUCUACCUAAAAGAGUAUUUGAGAUGCUGCUCAUCACUGUAUGCCUGCCUAUACUAAAAUCUAAAAUGCCUCUAGGGAUAGCAGAAGUAACCUAGUGGGGUUAAGGGCAAAAGGCACACCGGAAUACAGAUUCUUUUCAAGGAGUCUUCCAAGCACCAGUUGUGAGCCCUGCCACUUUAUCAGACAGAUGUAAUUCCUCCCUCAUCACUGUUACUGAAGAGGUGCGAACAGAAGCGCGUCGAAAAAAUCUCCUCAUUCUAAUUUUGCAUUAUUUAAUGGAGGAAGGGUAUAUUGAUGCUGCAAAUGCUUUGGAGCAAGAGACAAAAUUAGGUUUACGUGGCUUCGAAGUUUGUGACAACAUUGAUCUUGAGACAAUUUUGAUGGAAUACGAAAGCUAUUACUUCGUAAAAUUCCAAAAAUAUCCUAAAAUUACUAAAAAGGUCCUAGACACUGCAGAAAAUAAACAGCAACUGAGAACUGGAGGAAAGCCAAAAAGGGCAGGAAGCUCUUCUCAGACUCUACCAAGGAUCAAACAUCAGACAGUGCGGCGACCAUUGUCAAAAACUUCACCUGGGAUGACAACAGAAUUGAAAUCAUCCACCAAGGAGAGCCCCAAACAGAAUAAUGACAGUACAGUUACUCUGGAGCAGUCUGACUUUGGCUUAAGCAUCUCAGCAAUCAACAAAACUGGAGGAGGAGAAAGCACUCACCCAAGAAGGGGCCAAAUAAUUGACUUCCGUGGGUUGAUCCAGGAUGCUAUCAAAGUACCAUCAAAUGAAAUAGCCUUGAACAGCCUUAACUGUGAUCCAGAUCCAUCAGAACGCUUAUUAAAACCCCUUAGUGCUUUUAUUGGCAUGACUGGCGAGAUGAGAGAACUUGCAACAGUUGUAAGCAAAGACAUUUAUCUCCAUAAUCUAAAUGUGAAGUGGGAUGAUAUUAUUGGACUGGAUGCAGCCAAAAGGCUAGUCAAGGAAGCAGUUGUUUAUCCAAUAAGGUACCCACAACUGUUUACAGGCAUUCUCUCCCCUUGGAAAGGAUUAUUGCUGUAUGGACCACCAGGUACCGGAAAAACUUUGCUUGCUAAGGCUGUUGCCACUGAAUGCAAUACAACCUUUUUCAACAUAUCAGCCUCCACUAUUGUCAGCAAAUGGAGAGGUGAUUCAGAAAAACUUGUCCGGGUGUUAUUUGAGCUUGCCCGGUACCAUGCUCCUUCCACAAUUUUCUUGGAUGAGCUGGAGUCAGUUAUGAGUCAAAGAGGCACUGUUACAGGUGGUGAACAUGAAGGAAGUCGGCGGAUGAAAACAGAAUUACUGGUGCAGAUGGAUGGCUUGGCCCGAUCUGAUGAUCUUGUAUUUGUUUUAGCAGCUUCCAAUCUGCCAUGGGAGUUGGACUCUGCCAUGCUGCGGCGCCUGGAGAAGAGGAUUUUGGUCGACCUCCCGAGUAAAGAGGCACGGCAGGCAAUGAUUCAGCACUGGCUGCCCGCCCUGAGCAACAGCGGCGGAGUGGAGCUGAGAACAGAUUUGGACUACGGCUUACUGGGCCAGGAAACAGAUGGCUACUCUGGCUCGGAUAUUAAACUGGUGUGCAAGGAAGCGGCUAUGAGGCCAGUGAGAAAAAUUUUCAAUGCUCUUGAAAAUCAUCAGCCAGGUAAGAGUAACUUACCCAUGAUCCAACUGGACACAAUCACAACAGCAGAUUUCCUCGAUGUGAUCGCUCACACCAAACCAUCAGCAAAGAAUCUAAGCCAGAAGUACACAGCCUGGCAGAGAGAAUUUGAGUCGGUUUGAAAAGAAAAAAACCCCAACACCAAAAACUUCAAAGACUUCUUGCCACAAAAUGGCAUCUCUGUUGCCUCCAAAGGAUUGAAUGAUGAGGGGAGAAAUCUGUACUUUCAGAACUGUAAUAAGGGGAGGGUUGUUUGGUUAUUUUUGUUUUCUUACUAGCCAUUUUCAAUGACCAUUCUAAAAUAUUCUUCAUGGAAGUAAUGUAAUGGCAGAAUAGCAGCCACUAUAUAAUGAACACUCCAGCAUUAAUUUUAUGAUAAAGAUUUAUAAACUGA